AUGAACGGGGACAGUAUGCUCUUGUCCUCGCUCGCCUCCGCUCAGGCCACCGGCAUCUACGCGCCCAGCACCGCGCCGGGAGAGACGGCGGGCAUCGCCACGCCACCCACCAAUGACGACGACGCCGGUGCCGCGGACAGCCCGGGCGAAGAGCCGGUGCCGCCGGCCGACGAUCAACCAGAGGCGGGCAAACGCAGCCCGUCCACCGACCAACAACAGGCCGCGGAAGCGCCGCCGCCGCCGGACCAACAAGACGCUGCGGAUACUGGCCGCACGGUGCUGGAAAUACGGGUGAAGCGCGAGGAGACGGAGUCAGAGGAACGCGGAUAG